AUGGACGACAAGGAAGUGCCUGUCAACUCUUCCUUUGCGCCGUCGUCACAAGAUGGAAAAGGCGUCGUAUCUGACAACUCGUUUAGCGACAAUGAACAACAGGGCGAGUUGGACUACCCUGAAGGUGGGCUGCAAGCGUGGCUGGUCGUGUCAGGAUCAGCUGCUACCAUGUUUUGCACCUUUGGAUAUCUCACCGGCUUUGGUAACUACCAGUCGUGGUAUGGUGAGCACCAGCUCAAGAACUACACACAAUCCGACAUAUCCUGGAUAGGCUCUGUCCAGAUUUUCCUUAACUUCUCAGGUGGUCUGGUCGGUGGACCGAUCAUGGACCGAUAUGGAACCAUAGCCGUCAUUCCGGCGUCAGUGCUCUACGUCGUGUCUCUUGUCCUUACUAGUUUCUGCAAGGAGUAUUACCAGUUCUUCCUUGCACAGGCAGUGCUAGGCGGCAUCUGUCUUGGUCUUCUGUUCAAUACUGCACUUGCUAUUAUCGGACAAUACUUCAACCGACGCCAGGGACUUGCCUCGGGCAUCGUGAUGGCGGGUGCGUCUUUGGGUGGAGUCAUAUUCCCGGUUGCGCUGAACCGCUUGCUCAACAAUGUCGGCCUCAGCUUUGGCUGGUCCGUCCGAGUCUGCGCACUGAUUAUUCUGGUCCUUCUGGCAUUCGCAAGUCUGACAAUGAAAACACGGCUGCCUCCCACACGUCAGCAUAUGGAUUAUACUCUGAUGAAACGACCAGUGUACAUUCUCAUAGCGGCAGGAGGGUGGUUUCUCAACUGGGGAAUGUAUGUCCCGUUGUUUUACCUACCUUCCUUCGCCAUUACCGCUGGUCUAGACAGCGAAAUGGCUCCAUACACCGUUGCAAUUUUCAACGCUGUCUCGCUCUUUGGUCGCAUCUUCGCAGGAACACUCGCAGACCGGCUCGGCCGUUUCAAUGUGGUCGUGUUGAACGGUCUCCUCUGUGCUUUGAUGCAAUUCGUCUGGCCAGCUACAAAUAGUUCGGCUGGAGUUUACUGCGUCUCCAUCUUCUCUGGUCUUUUCAUCGGCAGCAUUGUCAGCUUGCAGGCAGCGAUCGUAGGGCAGAUAACUCCUGAUCCCAAGUAUAUCGGGUCAAUGAUGGGCAUUACAAUGGCAAUUUGGGCUUGCGGUGGUCUGACGGGUCCACCGAUUGCAGGAGCCAUAUUGAACGUGAACGGUAGCUUUGAUGGCCCAGCAUACUUUGCGGGCGCAUCACUCGUUCUUGGCUCCGCGCUGUUUCUGUUUGCGAGGCUCUUGACCGACUCGAGGAUUUUCGUUAAGAUUUAA